UCAUCCCAUCCCCACUCCCUCCCUUUGUUCUUUCGAUAAUUGCUUGACAACCAUGCACUUCUUCAAGAUUGUUCUCGUUGUCAUCGCUCUUUGCUUCGUCACUUAUCUCGGAAAGAGCAAUGCUGCCACACCAUAUGAUAUCUUCCAAUUCGUCCAGCAAUCCCCAUUCGUCUUCUGCCUCCGGAAUGGAAUUUGUGGAAACCAACCAGUUCGGCGGCAUACCUUUACAACGCACGGCCUCUGGCCAAGCAACUUUACCGAUCCAUCUGCACCUAUACUCUGCGCUGGUACCGUAUUCAGCAGAAAUGAGAUGAAUGCUGAUCAUUCUCUGCAAUUACUUUUGUUCAAUUCCUGGCCCAACUUCAACAUUAGACGGACAAAUAUGGAUUUCUGGGCGCAGGAGUACAACAAGCACGGCAGGUGCUCGGACAAUAAAUUUUCCCAGACACAAUACUUCCAUGAAACUUAUAGAUUAUGGUUUACCUACAAUGCACAAUAUCUAUUUUCUCAAACAACUGGGAUUGUACCAGGAUAUCAAUAUCGUUACAUUGACCUUGAAUCGGCCAUUCGAAGGACUAUAGGAGGGAAAAAACCUCUCCUUAUGUGCAAGUAUGAUGGGGGGAUCACGUAUCUGCUGGAAGUCGUCAUCUGUUUUGACUACAACGCAGCGAAUCCGGUCGAUUGUGUCAGGACAACAAAUUGUGGGGCAUUGGUAUGGUAUUCACUCUAAUAGGUAUAUAUAGUGGCUACAUAUAUCUAUAUUAAUGUAAUAAGAACAAC